UUCACAAACCGCUUGUUUCAAAUUGGUUAAACAAGAUGGCGACUUAUGACGAUGAGUCGGACAGCUAUCUGUAUUCCUAUAACCCUUACUCUUACAGAUAUUUAAAUCCUAAACCCAAGGGUUUAAGUUGGCGACAAAAAAGCUACUUGUCAAGUUAUGGAGACUCCGGUGAAUAUUUUGAUAACUAUCAAAGAGCGCACCUCAAAUCCAUUUUGUCACAGAUUAAUCCAAACCUGACACCGAGGCUAAGGAAAGCUAACACCAAAGACGUCGGGAUCCAGGUGAACCCUAAAACCGACGCUUCUGUCCAGUGUUCCUUGGGUCCCAGAACCUUAGUGGCGAGUAAGAGAGAGGCGCUGAGAUGGAGAAGGCCAACGACUCCGAUAACGGGGAGCCCUGUGAACAACCUCGCCAAAACCGUGCGCUUUCCCAGGACGCUGGCCUUAUACUCUCCUAUUGCUGCUAGGAGGCCACCCUCCUUUCUUGAAGAGAAAUACGACCGAGAAAAACCAGAAGGGGAUCCACCAGAAACGACUGAAAAGGUCCAAGUGCAAGAUGAUGACACUAAGUCCACUCUGGAAGAAAAAGAAGCCUCUCCAGCAUACGAUAAAGACAGCAUGAAGACCGACACUGGCAGUGGUGUCGGGGCAGCACAAGAAAAUGAUUCAAGUGGCGCCCAGAAAGAGGGACAAGAUGGUAACAGAAGUAGGGCGAGGGUGAGAUUUCAGUUCUUGGAACAGAAAUACGGCUACUACCACUGUAGAGAAUGUAAUCUACGCUGGGAGAGCGCAUAUGUUUGGUGUGUUCAGGGCACAAAUAAAGUAUACUUUAAGCAGUUUUGCAGAACAUGUCAAAAAGCUUUCAAUCCUUAUCGUGUGGAGGACAUUACCUGCCAAGUCUGCAAACGGGCCAGAUGCAUAUGUACUGUGACUAUGCGCCAUGUUGACCCCAAGAGACCCCAUCGCCAGGAUCUAUGUGGGAGAUGCAAGGGGAAACGGCUGUCUUGCGACAGCACUUUCAGCUUUAAAUAUAUUAUUUAAGUUUAAUGUUUUGCAAAAGAUCCUGCUGGAUUACUGAAAUCCUAUUUUGAAAGAUUUAAAGAAGUGAGGCUGGGAUAAAUGUGCUUAAUUUUGUUUGCUUUGAAAGCAGGAUCAACUACUGAAUGUAAAAUGACAGUAAUGUGCACAGUUGUUUGUAAACUUUAUUUUUUUUUUCUCGACUUAAUUACUCAUUGAAAAGUGUGGGGCAGACAUGGUGUAACAAAUCUACACUUUAGCUUUACAAAGCUAAUGUUGUAGAGUUAUAACUUAUUACAUUGAACAGUGUCUACCAAUCUGGUGUACUUGGUUUUUCUAGUAAAAACUUUUGUAAUCAAACAAAUAGUAUUGAUUACAAAAUGUAUGUGAGUACAAUGGUUAGGGUAAAUAAAUAUACAGCAAGGUGGCUUUUUUUCCUGACACAUCAGAAGUUAUGUACCAUCACCCAAGUACUAUACCUCUCACCUUGGUUUUGAUUGUUGGUCUAUCAUUCUGAAAGAAAUACGCUAGUUCUCAAGAAUCUUCUCUAGGACCAAGUAAGAAAAUCCACAAAACACUAUUGUACCAAAAUCAGCUGUUUCGUCUAUCCAAAACAAAAUCACAACUGCAUAGACUUAGUGGGGCCAUAGCAUUUUACAAUUCCCAGUGUACCGUCUGUAGACCAUUAAAGUCUAACACUGUAUACAUCUCCAAAUUAACGGUCAAAAUAUUAGCUUGGAUAAUCAUAUCAUUUUAAAACUGUAUGUUCUACUGCGAAAGCAC